AUGGUCUUUGCUCUUGCUCGUGCUGCUACCACCCGUGCCUCCCACUGGAGCGUCAAGUCCUUCCGCUCCUCAAGCGCCAACAUGCACGGCAUCAAGCGUGUUGGUGUCCUCGGUGCUGGACAGAUGGGUUUGGGAAUUGCCUUGGUCACUGCCAAUGUCUCCAAGUUGCCAGUUUUGUUGCUGGACUUGAAUGAGAGUCAACUCAACAAGGGUCUCAAGUUCAUGGAUUCGCUGCUCAAGAAGGAUAUUGCCAAGGGUCGUUUGACUGAGGAGCAGGCGGAGGAGACCCGCUCUAGGGUCAAGACUACUCAGAGCAUGGCUGAUUUCUCCGAUGUCGACUUUGUGAUCGAGGCCGUCUCCGAGAACCCUGCGCUGAAGGCCAAGCUGUUCAGCGACCUGGCCCAGGCCACACCCAAGCAUGCCAUCCUCUCGACCAACACCUCGAGCAUCAGCAUCACCAAGAUUGCUGCUGCGGCCAAGGGACGUGAGGAGCAGGUGAUCGGUAUGCACUUCAUGAACCCCGUCCCCGUCAUGAAGUUGGUCGAGAUCAUUCCGGGUCUCGCUACCUCGGAUGCAGUCCUCAAGACCACCAAGGAUCUUGCGGUCGCCAUGGGCAAGACCUGCACUGUCAGUCAAGAUGUCCCUGGAUUCGUUGCUAACCGCUUGUUGAUGCCCUACAUCAACGAGGCCAUCAUCGCCUACGAGACCGGCAUCGCUUCUAAGGAGGAUAUCGACACCACCAUGAAGUUGGGCACCAACAUGCCCAUGGGUCCUUUGACAUUGGCCGACUUUAUUGGUUUGGAUACUUGCCUGGCCAUCAUGAAGGUCCUUCACGAGCAGCUCGGCGAUACCAAGUACCGCCCCAGUGUUCUGUUGAACAAGAUGGUCGAUGCUGGCUGGGUCGGGAAGAAGUCUGGUCGCGGAUUCUACACCUACUAA